AUGUAUGUAGGAAAAUACGAGGAAGGUUCAGAAAUAUACCUCGGUGUCGUACCUAAAAAUAUGGAUGUUGUGAUGAAACGGGAUCAUGGGGACGGGAAGAGGGUGACGUACGACACGGUGGCGGGGAGUACUCCGAGGGCAGACGUUCCAAAGCCACCCCGACGGAGAGACACGCCGAGACGCCCCAGCCAUCGGGAGCCCUUCGGUCUCAGUUCGGUUCGAAAUUCAGCUGAAAAGGUGGAGGGCCCAGGGACGCGAGGUGCCAAGGAGUCGUUAAACGACUCGCAGGACGAGGACGUUGCGGACGUCGGCUCCACGCUGAGCAGCUUGUUCGCCGGACUUCCGGCUUUGGUGGGUCCCCAACGCCUCGCCAACUCCCUCAGGCAGAAGUUUGCCAAUAACUCCGAGGGAUGGCGAGACUCAGUGUUGGGGGCCUCGCGUCGUUUAUUGGUGACUCUCGGCAGUCUCUCCAGGGACGCCUCGCCAUGCCCUGUCACGAAGGAAGAAAUUCUGCCGAGUCUUCCGGUUCCGGACUUGGAAGUAACCAUGCAGAAGUACUUGGCCCAGGUUGAGGUAGUCGCUCCGAAUCAUCUGGAGAAGACUAGGAACUUGGUUAGGGCGUUUCUUUCCGGGCCCGGGCCUAAGCUUCAGCAACGUAUUGUGGAACGUAGACAGAAGACGACUAAUUGGGCAACCGACUGGUGGUUAAGUGACAUGUACCUAUCUGUCCCAUUGGCUCUACCAAUUAAUAGUAAUCCUGGGCUAGCGGCGAGACCCAAACGAUUUUCCAACCAAAAAGAGGCUGCAGCGUUUCUUGCGAGAUUCCUAACAGAGCUACUUAACUAUCAAGAACUAUUAGAUACAAAUGGUUUGGAAGUCGAGAAGGUCAAGUCGAAAGAUGGAAAGAUUAUACAACCGCUAUGCAUGGCUCAACACUAUCAAAUGUUCCGCAUUUAUCGACGACCAGGGGUGAACGGCGACGAACAAGUUAUACUUGACAGAGCGUCAUCGGGUGAUCACAUAAUCGUCGCACAUUAUAAUCAGUUUUAUAGCGUACCAGUCAGAGCAUCCGAUAGAGGUCGCAUAACAGAGGCAGAAUUGGUCCAGCAAAUUCUAACCAUCAUGGAAACGAAAGCAGAUCCCAGAACUCCGCCUGUCGGUAUUCUUACGACCGCGAAAAGACCUGUAUGGGCGAAAGCUAGAGAAGAAUUGCUCAAACACGAACGGAAUCGACACAAUCUGGAAUUAUUGGAACGUUGUCUAUGCGUGGUCUGCAUCGACGACGAUAUCUUACCAGCAACAUUCAAUAAUGCUUUGAAGAAAGAGGAUCGAUGGAUUGCAGAUCGAGAUUACGCGAAUAUUCUUCAUCAUGCCCUCCACGGCGGCGGUUCCAGAUAUUUGGGUGCAAAUCGCUGGUUUGACAAAACUUUCCAGGCUAUCCUUGGCAAGGAUGGAAUGUGGGGUUUAACGUACGAACACUCAGCUGGCGAAGCUCCAGCGAUAUUCAAGGCGUUCGAAGAAUUAACAGAAAAAGUCGACUCGAUGCCUCCAUCGGAUGAAAAUACAGUGCCAUCUCAUUUACCCGCCCCUGAAAAACUCGAAUGGCACUUGUCUGAGCAGAGUUUAAAUUAUAUUAGGGAAGCUAUGACCUCAUUUGAUUCCCUGGUGGAAGACUUGGACCUUUGUAUUUUGUGGUUCGAAGACUAUUCAAAGGAGUUCAUAAAAUCCUGCAGAGUUAGUCCAGACGUUUACAUACAAUUGGCAUUACAAUUAACACACUUCAGACUGCAUGGGAACUUGGUUGCAACGUACGAAAGCGCAGGCAUCAGAAGAUUCGCUCUGGGAAGGGUCGACUGCAUCAGAGCGGCCAGUCCAGAGGCUCUGGCGUGGGCGAAAGCCAUGUGUCAAGGGGAUCCAGAAAGUCAAGCCGUGAAUGAACAGAACAACACCCCAGACAAAGGCACCAAAAGAGUUCAGUUCACCAUUUACAGUCAAGAGCGAAUGAAGGAAUUAUUCGAUUUGGCGGUGCAGAUGCAAACUAAAGAGAUGAAUGACAACAUAAAUGGACAAGGAAUUGACAACCAUUUAAUGGGGCUACGUUACGCCGCGAAAGAAGCCGGCGAACCGGUCCCGGAUAUCUUCACGGAUGAAGCUUACAGGAUCGUCAAUCAUUUCGCACUCUCGACGUCACAGGUAACUACAAAGAACGAUGCAAUUGUUGGAUAUGGACCAGUGGUUCCAGACGGGUACGGAUGCGCUUACAACAUCAGAAGCAACGGCUUCAUAUUCUCGGUAUCUGCAUUCCACAGCGAUGGCAGAACACACGCGAUGAGAUUCGCGCAGACGCUCGAGCAAAGUUUACGAGACAUGGCGGCAAUGUUGAAAAAUGCGCACGGCCACCGAUCAAACAGCGACGAAAUGUAAUACGGUCGCUGCAAAUGAAAGUAUCAGAAUAGCAAUUAUAAGGGUACAACUAUUCCGAAUCGGACGAAAGUAUGUAGAAUGGACUCUAACUAUAUUGCCACUAAACAAAUUGCCACGUGAGGCACUUCCCCUCCACACGUACUUUCGAGCACACAAAUUCGCUCGCACACCACGUUGCGUACGCCAGCGCACCAGCACGAUCCAACUUUUGCGCAGGCGCUGAAGCCGAGGCUAUGACGAAGGAACUUAGCAUUGAGGGGCUCUGACCUCUUGCCAUUUUACUCCCCUACAGCUAGGGUUGCCAACUCUGUCGAGUCGCAAUA